CCCGGCCGGCUGGCUGAGGCCGCGGUCGAACCAUGUCGGAGAUCUUGUGCCAGUGGCUCAACCAGGAGCUGAAGGUGUCCCAGACCGUGAGUCCCAAGUCAUUUGCAAAAGCAUUUUCCAGUGGCUAUCUGAUUGGAGAAGUUCUACACAAAUAUGAACUUCAGGAUGAUUUUUCAGAAUUUUCAGAAAGCAGUGUUUCAAGUGCCAAACUGAAUAAUUUUUCUCGCUUGGAGCCAACACUUCACCUUCUGGGUGUGCAGUUUGAUCAGAAAGUGGCUAGCAACAUCAUCACAGAAAAGCCUGGGGCAGCAACGAAACUUCUAUACGAAUUGUACACUGCUCUUCAGAAAAAGAAGAAAAGUGGACUGACUGGGGCAGAAAUGCAAACCAUGCAGCCCCUGACCACUAUGAGACUUCAGAACAUGAAAAGUGAGGCUUUCCGAGAUAGACUUAGAAACCUGAUACCACGUCAAACUGAUUUCAAUCUGAUGCGGGUUACACACAGGUUUCAAGAAAAAUAUGUACACAUGAAAGAAGAUGUUGUCCGAAUGCAUUUUGAGAAACUUGAAAAAUUUCAAAAACUCAAGGAAGAACAAAGAUGUUUUAAUAUUGAAAAGCAACGCUUGAGCAGAAGACGACAGAAUGAGAUAAUGGCCAAGAUCCAGGCAGCUAUCAUACAGAUCCCCAAACCCGCAUCAAAUCGUACCCUAAAAGCGCUCGAGGCCCACAGAAUGAUGAAGAAGAAAAAGGAGGCAGAGGAUGUGGCCAAUGAGAUUAAGAAGUUUGAAGCGCUGCUGAAAAAGGACCUCCAGGCGAAAGAAAGUGCACCCAAGACUUCUUUAGACACAACAGGCCAGACCACUGCCGAUCUGUUAAGCACUUACUCGGAUGAUGAAUACAUUAAAAAAAUCCAAAAGCGCCUCAAAGAAGAUGCUUUUGCACGAGAGCAAAGGGAGAAAAGACGACGGAGACUGUUGAUGGACCAGUUGAUAGCCCAUGAGGCACAAGAGGAGGCUUACCGGGAGGAGCAGCUGAUCAACCGGCUCAUGCGGCAGUCCCAGCAGGAGCGCAGGAUCGCCGUGCAGCUCAUGCACGUUCGUCAUGAGAAGGAAGUUUUGUGGCAAAACAGAAUUUUCCGAGAAAAACAAUAUGAGGAGAGACGACUUAAAGAUUUCCAGGAUGCUCUUGAUCGAGAAGCGGCUUUGGCAAAACAAGCCAAGAUCGAUUUUGAGGAACAAGCCAUCAGAGAGAGGGAAAUUCAUGAGCAGAUUGCUGUGGAAAGAGCUCAGGCUUGUUACCAAAAACAUUAUAUAAUGUGCGCAGAAAUUCUGGAUCACAUACUUGAUUUGUGCACUAAAGUAGCCGACUAUCGAAUGCUGACAAAUAAUCUGAUUCCAUAUAAAAUGAUGCAGGAUUGGAAGGAACUGUUUUUUCAUGGAAAGCCCAUUUAUGAGCAAGCCUCUAUUAAGGAUCUACCAACUAAGCCCUCUACAGAGCAACUUAUAGAACUAGAGAAAAGGGACUUGCUAGAUAACAGUGAUUAUGAAGAAUAUAAGAACAUGGUUGGGGAGUGGGCCUUACCAGAAGAAAUGGUUGAAAAUUUACCGCCCCCUAACAAUCGCAUAUUGGGCCAUGUAACUCACAGACUAAUUGGAAAAUCUCUUCCCCCUCAAGUUGAAUCAAAAGUACCUGAAUUACCUUCCUUUGCUAUUAAAGGCUGCUUAUUGGGGAAAACAUUUAGUGGAAAAACUACUGCUCUAGAGUCUCUACAGAAAGACUUUCCUGUCCGGGUACUCUCUAUCGAUACUCUUCUCCAAGAAGCUAUCCAGGCAUUUCAUGACAAUGAAACAGUCAGUAAGGCCCCUGAAAUUCAGAAUGAAGCCGAAGAAAAGCCUCUGCCAGACCCGCAUAGGACCGAAAGCCAGGAUCUGCAAAAUGAAACUUCAGCUGAUGUAGUUUCAGAGGAAGCCUUACCGGAAACAGACAAUAAAACAAUACUUAGUUUGGAUACCAGUAAAACACUGAAAGCUCAAGAAGCCAAAUCAUGUGAUAGCUUCUCUAAACUCACUGUGCGUGCUCAGCUUGGUGCAAAAUCAGAAAAAUUGCUGAAGAAAGGAAAGAGUGUUCCUGACAUAUUGCUAGUUAGCAUCAUGGUAAAUGCUAUUAAUCAGAUACCUGUGGAUCAAGGCUGGAUCCUCGAUGGUUUUCCCAUGACAUUGAACCAAGCGGAGCUUCUGGAGGAAGCUCUCACAGGCUGCAUCAGAAGCCUCAGAGAGAUGGAGGAAAAGAAAGCACAAAUAUUAACACUGGCUGUUGAUACUAAAACUGCCAAAGAAGUGCCUCUUUCUCCUGCUGUGUUUGAUUUUGCCAUGUUAUUAGAUAUUUCAGACAACUCCUCACUGGCUCGCAUGAAUGACAUCAUGGCUGAAGCAUUUUCAACUGAUGUUCCUCAGCAAGAUAUCAAUCAACAUGUAGCUGCUAAAAUAGAUAUGGAUGGUGACCAGAAUUUAAGAGACCAAAUACAGCACAGAAUUAUAGGUUUCUUGGACAACUGGCCUUUAUUGGAGCAAUGGUUUACAGAACCAGAAAAUAUUUUGAUAAAAAUCAAUGCUGAAGUAGGUAAAGAGCCUUUAUGCCAAAAAGUAAAAGAAGUGUUUAUGAAUGAAAUAAUAAAAAAAGAGAUCAAAGUUAAAAAGCAAUUAGAAGAGAAGGAAGCUGAGAAUAAAGAGGAAGCCUCCCUGGCUGAGCCCCCACCUGCGCCACCGCCACCCCCGCCUCCCGAGCCGGAGAAAGAGAAGGAAGCCAGCCCCCGGCGCGAGCGCCCCAAGACUCCUGCGGGGAAAGGAAAACCACCGUCAGAACCCCCUCAUGGUAAACAAGAAUCUCUUCAGGAAGGAAAAGGGAAGAAAGGUGAAACUCCACUCAAAAGAAAAGGUUCUCCUAAAGGGAAAUCAGCAGGAGGAAAAGCACCGGGAAAGAAGUCACCUGCCGAAUCUACAGUUAUGUCACCUACCCCAGUAGUGCCACCACCACCUAAGCCAGGAUCAGAAGAAUGGGUCUAUGUGAAUGAACCAAUUCCUGAGGAGUUGCCUUCGUUUUUAGUACCUUACUGGGAACUAAUCGAACAUUCCUAUAUACACUCCAUCAAAGCCGCACUGAGGAACCUGCGAGAAGAUCAGCACACUGUGCUUGCUUUCCUAUAUGUAGUCAGAACAAAUUUCCAGCAGUUUCUGAGGCGCCCAGAUCACAAGCAGGAUUUUGUGUCUCAGUGGCAGGCUGAUUUCAACUCCCUUCCUGAGGACCUGUGGGAUGACGAGGAAACCAAGGCAGAAAUACACGAAAGGAUAAAUGAUUUAAGAGACCGCCUGUGGGACAUCUGUGAUGCCCGGAAGGAAGAGGCGGAGCAGGAGCGACUGGACAUCAUUAACAAUAGCUGGUUGCAGGACUCCGUCGGAAUAAUGUUGAACAAUUUCUUCUCACUGAUGCAGGCAGAACUGAACCGUUUCCAAGAUACAAAGAGACUCCUGCAAGAUUAUUACAGGGGAAUGGAAUGCAAAAUCCCAACAGAUGACACUAAGAAAUUUACCCGCAUCCCAUUGAUCCAGCUGGAUAAUAAAGACAUUUUGGAAAGCCAGCUUAGAAUUCCACUGGUUUCUCGAAUAUCCAUUUCUCUGGAAUCAGCUGCAUCCAAACCAAAACUAAAAACCAUACUGAAGGGCAAGACUGAUCCCUCGCUAGAAAAAGUAGAGUUAAACUUUGAGGCAGAUGAGAAGUUAAUAAUGGACACCUGGCAGCAGACUUCUUCAGCAGUAUCUCACAUGGUGGCUGCAGAAAUUCAUCAAAGGCUCCUGGAAGAAGAAAAAGAAAACCAACCAAUAGAAAUAAAAGAGAAAUCUCCUCAGAUGAAUGCUAAUAAGAAAGCCAAAAAGGAACCUCCACCCAAGAAAAAAAAUGCAGACAAAAAAGAGAAAGGGAAAGGGAAAUCACCACCUACAGCAGAAGCCCCUCCUAUAACAGUAACACCAGAGGAGAUGGCCGAAAUAGAAAAGAAAAAUGAACUGAGACUCAAAAUAAAGGAAGAACAUCUUGCUGCCCUGCAAUUUGAAGAGAGAGCCACCCAGUUCCGACUUGAGCUGAUAAAGACCAAAGCAUUAUUUUUCCUUGAAAAUCUAGUAACAAAGGUGGUUGAUGUGUAUAAACUCAUGGAAAAGUGGCUUGGUGAGAGGUACUUGCAUGAAAUGGCCAGUGUGGAAAAGUUAACUGAGGUAGCUCGCUAUCACAAUGAAACGUCUACGAAAAUUCAGAACGAGCUUUAUUUAGACCAAGAAGCCUUCUUCAUCAACGGCGAUGUGAAAGUCUUUCCAGAUCCCCCUCCCCCCAUUCGCCCUCCGCCUGUGGAAAGGGAGGAAAAUGGCACCCUGACCAUCGAGCAGCUGGACAACCUUCUAGACCAGUUCUUAGAUAUAGCACCUAAAGGCACAAUAGGGAACAAAGCAUUUACUGACAUUCUUUUUGACUUGGUGACCCUGAACCUCGGAGCAAACAGCCUUCCCAGCAGUUGGAUGCACCUCACUCAACCUGAACUGCAGGAGUUAACAUCUCUAUUAACCGUGAACUCAGAGCUCGUGGACUGGCGGAAAUUCCUGUUAGUGACCUCGCUGCCUUGGCCCAUCCCGCUGGAGGAGGAGCUCCUCGAGACCCUGCAGAGGUUCAAGGCUGUGGACCAGGAGCAGUCGGGCACCGUCACUUAUGAGCAGUAUAUUCAGGCGAGCCUGUGGUUUACGGGGGAUGAAGAUAUGAAAGUUCCAGAAAAUCCUCUUGAACCGCUGCCAUUCAAUAGGCAGGAGCAUCUUAUACAGUUUUUCUUUAGGCUCUUUGCCGACCGUGAGAAGGAUCCACCCCUGCUCGACUACACACAGAUGCUGCUUUAUUUUGCUUGCCACCCGGAUCCUGUGGAAGGGGUCUACAGGGCCCUCAGUGUGGCCACUGGGACUCACAUCUUCCAACCAAUCGAAAUGGCUACUCCUCCUGCAGAAGAGACCUACUUCUUCACUGAUGGGGGUCCAGUUCAGGACUUUCCUGAACCAGAGGAGAACCUGCUAAGUGGGGAAAGGGAAUUCAGGGAGGAGAGGGAGGAAAAAGAGCAGGAGAUUCCUGAAAAUGCCAACACUGAAAAGAUUUCUGUGGAAACACUGCUCAAAGUGUUCCGAGGACAAAGCGAAGCCCAAGACGCCAACCGAUUUGCCAGCCACCUGAGGACAGAGAAUGUCUACUCAGAGAACUUCAUAAAAGUAUUUCAGGACCUGGGUGCCAAGAACCUGGAACCGAUAGAAGUCGCUGUUCUUCUGAAGCAUCCUUUUAUUCAAGACCUGAUUUCAAGUUAUCCAGCCUAUAAGAUUCCUGAUAUUAAAAUAAUUCUCCAAAGGAGUGUGCAUGUGCAAGGAAAUGAAGAGAGGUCUCUCUCAAGACUUACAGAGGAAAGGAAAUGA